AUGCUACCAGUCGAAACUCUAUUCCCUCUCCCUCAUCGAGUCAAGUCAGACGAUGAAGCUCCUAGGCUUCGGAACGUUACCGGGUUGUUAUCAAGCGCACCGUCAAUCGUGCAAUUGGGAUUUCCCUCUUCUCGCCAUGGUCCAAGCCUUGAGGACAGUGAUCGGACCGACGAGCACCCUGAAGAAGGCCUCGAUGAUGAGGGAUUUUACGACGAAUUCAGCGAUUACGUUCCGUACGACGAGGUCGAGGGGGUGGCAAUGGUCCGCAAAGGGUUGUUGAAACGAGCACCGGCAUUCCGGGGCACCAUGCAGAUGGAUUGCAAGGUAGCAAGGGAAGCCUGCCAGAACGCUUGCUGGUAUCAAAAUUGUGUCCGGGGAGCUCGAGGUGCGAGUGACCAGGUCGUCUACAGAGAGGGUGGCGGGGUUUCAGAGGAAGUUGACGCAAACAGGGAUCAUAUUCUAGCCGGUGGAAGGGAAUGGAGGAAUUUUCGAAGGGCGAGAGGCAAGUAUGGAGAAGGGCAACCUUAUGCCCAUUGGCGCGAAGGCAGGGGUAAAUUCAUCCGCGGAGACUGGUUCUACGUCAACUUCGAUAUGAGUUCGUUCGACAAUCAGGAUCCAAACGAUCGAUGGGUCAUGGACAACGUGCUUUACUACUGCAACGCACCCUUCAAAAAUUGCGAGAACGAUGGCCGACAAUUCCACAUGAGUGAAUUAGUCGAGACCAAUUCGAGACGAAACCUCCAGGUUGGUGUUCUCGAGUGGCCGUACGAUCGGACUGGGUCCAACAAGUAUGGAAGUCAAGGCAUGAGCGAGUACCAAGUCGACAACGAGGGAGAAGCUAUCAAAGCGUUCAACCUCGUCCUCAAAGUCACCGGAAAUGACAAGGACCAGUUUGAUGUCACUGUGUCAGAGGUCGUCAACGGAGUCCCGGCCCUUUUGGCUUCUAAUACCCAACAACUGGCGACAGACGAAUCCAUGUCAGUCCAAGGUUCUCUACCGCAGUCCUUGAAGAUCUCGCGGACAGAUGACUGCGAGGUUGUCAAGUUCGAGUACGGCAGUGACGGAGAGCUCUCCUUUUUCCCUUUCAAUACCAAAGACGCUGGAUACCCGGAUAAUGCACCAGAAGACCGUAAGAAAGGCGCGAAUAGAGGCCGCUAUUGCUUGCCAAGCGACAUCGAAGACAGCAAUGGUGACGCCAUUGGCGUGGAGUACGACUGCUGGUUUCCCGGCUGGUAA